AUGGCAACUGCUGUCGGACUUUCAAAAGUAUUUAUUUUAGACAAAUAUUUUACUGAGUUAACAAAGUAUUGGCAAACUGAACGACAACUUCAAGAUGCCACAUCCAAUGAAGCCGUUCAUCUUCAGCAACAACUUAAAAACUUAAGUUCAGAGUUGGUUACACUACGGACCAGAUUAAGGAUAUCACCGGUUGAACCAAAUGGCAAUCCUAAUGAGCAGGCAUUAAAGCCCUGUUCGCCAUCAAUGGGCAGUAAAACUCGGAAACAGGAAUACACUUAUAAUGAAGUCAAUGAUUUGAUACACUUAUUGGGUCCGCUGACUGAAGAUUCACUGCUUCGGGCACUUCACUCCAGGUUUAUGGCCAAUCAAUAUUAUACAAAUGUUGGACCUGUUUUGUUGUCAAUAAAUCACUUAAAGGACAGGAGAUCCGCUUUGACAUUAAACAGCACUCAUAUGGAGGCUCUUGAAUGCACACAAUUAUUACGAAUAGUUCACGAAGCGGUCCGUCAGCACAAUGAGACCGGUUAUCCACAGGCUAUCAUCUUAAGUGGAGUGAGUGGCAGUGGAAAGACAUACUCAUCAAUGAUUAUAUUGAGACAACUAUUUAAUGUUGCGGGCGGUGGACCCGAAACGGACACAUUUAAGCACUUGACCGCCACUUUCACAGUAUUAAGAAGUCUAGAAAGUGCUAAAACUCAACUUAAUUCUGAAUCUAGUCGUUUGGGACAUUUUAUUGAAGUUCAAGUGACUGAUGGGGCUCUUUAUCGGACAAAAAUUCAUUGCUAUUUUCUCGAUCAGUCAAGAGUUGUUAAAACAUUGCCAAAUGAAAAAAAUUAUCAUAUCUUUUAUCAAAUGUUGGCCGGUUUGACACCAGAUGAGAGAACAAAACUCAAUUUAGACGGAAUGACAGUUGAAUCGCUUCAGUAUUUAAAUAAAGGAAAUAUUGACUGUAAUGAUGAAGAGGAUGCCAUCAGAUUUGAGGCCUGGAAAUCAUGUUUGUCAGUGUUGGGCAUACCAUUCUUGGAUGUGGUCCGUGUUUUGGCUGCCGUCCUAUUGUUAGGAAAUAUAACAUUUAAUGAAAAUCAAAACCCAAUCGAUUCAAACAAUGAUUGUAAACAUAGUUUUAGUAAUGAAGUGAAAGCUGUGGCAUCACUUCUAGGAGUUUCCAGUGUUUCUCUUUAUAGAGGAUUCACCACAAGAACUCAACAAAAUAGAGGACAAUUACUGAAGUCUCAUCGCGACUCUCAAAGUGCAUCGGCCACAAGAGACGCAUUUGCCAAAGCACUGUACUGUCGAACUGUGGCUACAAUUAUAAGAAGAGCCAAUAGUUCCAAACGAAUUGGUUCUUCUUGUGGUACAAUCAGUUCUGAUAGCAACGAAUCUAUUCAUAAUCACACUGAGACAGGAAGUCAUCACACAUCCAGUAUUGGAUCAAAUGGUGCCAAAUCACAUAAAUCAAUGAAUGUACUCAAUUCUGCUGUAAGACAUGCAACCGAUGGCUUCAUUGGUAUCUUAGAUAUGUUUGGCUUCGAAGACGCAAAACCCAGCCAUUUGGAACAGUUGUGUAUCAAUCUAUGCUCUGAAACAAUGCAACACUUCUAUAACACACAUAUAUUUAAAUCAAGUAUCGAGUCGUGUCGUGAGGAAGGAGUCAAAUCUGAUAUUGAGAUCGAUUACGUGGAUAACGUUCCCUGCAUUGACUUUAUAUCAUCUUUGAGAACUGGUUUAUUCAGUCUAUUAGACGCCGAGUGCUCAUUGAAGGGAACACCUGUAGCAUACGUUCAGAAGAUCAAAGCACAGCAUUUGUCAAACAGUCGAUACUUUGAAGUUCCGAUAAAUAGGGAUAAGUCAACAGCAGAUCAAUUACAACAAAUGUCUCGACAGUUCGGUAUAAGACAUUAUGCCGGAAAUGUGACUUAUAAUACAAUCAACUUUUUGGAGUCCAAUUCCGAUCGACUCAGCGAUGAUGUCAUCUCUAUAUUUCACAAGUCUUUGUGUACCUUUGGUUUUGUCAGUCAUUUGUUUGGAGUUGAGCUGAAACUACUUUAUAAUAAGGAAACAGUUCCCAGAGGUCUAAACUUUAGGAUAGCGCCGACGGCACACGUGGACAUACAGAAUGGAUUCAAUCCGGUGACUACUUUGACACAAGAUUUUCACACAAGACUUGACAAUUUGUUAAGAACUUUAGUACACGCGAGACCUCAUUUUAUUAGAUGUAUUAAAGCCAAUGACACGGAGCAACCAAACUAUUUUGAUAGAGGAGCUGUGGUCAGACAAAUACGGGCCCUUCAAGUGUUGGAAACGGUUAACUUGAUGGCCGGUGGUCUACCACAUCGCAUGAGAUUCAAAGCUUUCAAUUCAAGAUACAGACUUUUGGCGCCAUUCAAGUUGCUUAAGAGAGUCGAAGACAAAGCUAUUGAAGAUUGCAAAUUAAUAUUGGAUUGUUUUAUUAAAAACCAAAAAACAAUUGAUCCGGUAUCGGGCGCCUCCACCACUUGGGCUCUCGGAAAAAGACAUAUAUUUCUGAGUGAAGGCGCCCGACAGCAGUUGGAAAUGUUGCGAAAUGAGCGCCGAAUGAUGUCUGCUGUCCUAAUUCAGUCCACUUGGAAAGGCUGGAACUUCAGGCGCCGGUGGCCUCUCAUAAGACAAAGUCUUUUAAUGCAAAAUGUUUCAUCAAAAGUUACCGCCAAUACUACUGUAAAUACUAUGUCAUCGAAACCUCGACCACUUCCUAUCACCGGAACUCCGCCGCCAUUCGGGACGUGUCCGCAACAAAAUAAGUUGAAAUCCAUUGAAAUUUGCGAUCAAAAUGUCAUACAAGAAACGUGUACUCUAUUUGGUAUUGAUUUGAAUAUACCACCUCCUGUUCCUCCAAGUCGUUCCUAUACCAUAACUGGAAAUGCAAAAUUAGGAUAUCCACAAACUAGAGUCAUGAAAAUGGACUAUCCGGAGUCUGGUCCUAAAAUGCAAUUAGAAAAAGGCCAGAGAGUGACAGUAGUGGGCGCCUCAACAAAACGGGGACACCUAUUGGUUGAUAACAGUGGCAUCACUUUAACAGUUCCCUAUCAGUUCCUCGUGUUGAUCCCAACCACUAAUCGUAAACUAAAGGGAUCGGUUGCUCAAUCAGAUACAUGUGGUGUUAAUAUAUAA